AUGUUUUUGGUAAUUGCAGCGAUUUCUACCUCUGUACUAUCUAAUGAGUCAUCUUAUAUUCCAUUCUUGAACGGUGAUAAUUUUUCGGACUGGAAGGACAAAAUCCUUCUAACAUUAGGGUGCAUGGACCUCGAUCUGGCACUCCGUGUGGAUGAACCUCCUGAACCCACGGACGAGAGUUCCGCUGCAGAAAAGAGUGCUUAUGAUAAAUGGGAGCGAUCCAAUCGCUCAAGCCUAAUGCUCAUAAAGUCACAUAUUAGCCAGAGCAUUAGGGGCUCAAUCCCACCAUCUGAUAAGGUCAAGAACUACAUGAGGGCUAUUGAAGAGCAAUUUGUUAGUUCUGACAAAGCAUUGGCAAGCACCCUAAUAAACAAACUAUCAGGAAUGAAGCAUAACAAUUCUAGGAGUGUGCGUGAGCACAUUAUGGAAAUGAAGGACAUUGCAGCUCGUCUUAAGUCCUUAGAGAUUGAGAAGAAAGAUUGA